GUAUGGCGGCUGGGACUUGCGGAGGAGGACAACUUCUUCUAGAUUCCUUCCAGAAAACUGAAGGAAGGCGACGGCUUUAACUCAAACUCGCCUCGGCAAACGCCGCCGGGACUAAGACAGACGACGGCAGCGGAACUUGUGGCUUCACGGAGGUUUUUUCCGGGAAGAUAAUCGGGCUGGUGUGAUGCGUGAGGACCCGCAGUCAGAAGAAACUCCCCUGAUUUUUCCGCGUCUGACUGUCAGUUAGCCCGGCUAGCUGCUCGGUAGCUCUCCACCUCCAUGCUAACGUUCGCUUGCGGGGCUCCGUAGUGCCCAAAAGGCGGGCUGGCUUGCUGCUUUUAUUUUGCUCCAGGAGACAGGGAUGGCAUUUCGCCUCCACCCGGUAAGCGAACUGGUUGAGCGGGGUGGGGAGAAAACAUUUGAGGACCUGGCUGAUAAGUUUGUCAUUAGCCUAGCCUAGCCUAGCUUUGCUGGUACAACGCCAGAAAACGUUGGCCGAGAGUUAGCGCUCUGCCUGGCCACUAGCGAGCUAGCCAAUUAGCAUUUUAGUUGCACAAGAAGACCUGCUAAUCCCCCGUUCAUCCCGGUUGAGUGUUAUGAAGCCUGUGCACUAAUUCAGACCAAGAGUGGAACCGCUUUAGUUGGCCUAAUCGAUUAAUGUUAAUAACUCAGGGGUGUUUUUUCAGUCUUGCUAGGUGUCGUUAGCUACCUUUAUAGGUGUUGUGUGGAGGGAGUGGUAACGUUAGGUAGCUAGCUAAGGUUCCCUGUAUCAGGGCAACAAUCAGAUUAUGACUGUAAAUCAAGAAUAGAUUACAGAUAACGCAUGUAUUUAACGCCAAACGUGUGUAAACCGACUAGCGUGUUGCACAUUGGGGUGUGUGCCCGUUGUUAGCUUUCUGCAAGUCAAGACUAAACACUGCAAGAAAGCGCGCAAUAACAUUGUUAACUGUUCGUGAUAUACAUUAGAUAUUUACUUUUCUGGAUUGUUAGCUCAAUCAGUAAUAGUCACAGGUGUGAGCUUGUUGCUAUCUUGGGGGGGGGACUAACCAUCCAGACUGGUGGCUGACUGGCUUCCCUCGCCUGCACCAGUGCCGGAAUAGUUUGAUGGACGUGGGAGGCUGUUUUCCAGGCUGUCAGUGCUAUACUCAGUCAUGUAUGUCUUGACACAUGGCACCCUGGUCUGUACAUAGUGCCUGCUGUCAGAUAUAGGUAUGUAGCUUUGGUGGACAGUCAGUGAGGGGAAUGUCUUGUCUUUUUUAUACCUGUUGGUUUGUUUUUUAUUUUCGUUUGUUUCAAACACAGGAGAGUCUUGUUGAUUCCAAGUGGGAAAGCGGUGCAGCUUGGGCUGUGCACAGUGGACAAUGUUUAUUAGCUAGUGCCUAGGAGCCUUAGAGGACUUACAGUUCUGCCUAAAUUUAGGCCACAGAUAUUGUAGAUUAUUCAUUGGGGAUUGCAACAGAAGACUGCCACUCUGGAUCAAGAAAACCUGUCCCUUGUCUCUGGUUGGAGUAACACUCUUAAGCCAAAAUCAAUGCCUUCAGCGCUGGCUGUGUUCGCCUGCCGACCCAACUCGCACCCAUUCCAGGAGCGGCAUGUGUACCUGGAUGAGCCAGUCAAGAUCGGCAGGUCAGUGGCUCGGUGUCGGCCGGCCCAGAACAACGCCACCUUCGACUGCAAGGUGCUGUCCAGGAAUCAUGCCCUGGUUUGGUUCGACCACAAGACCGGCAAGUUCUACCUGCAAGACACUAAAAGCAGCAACGGGACGUUCAUCAACAGCCAGAGGUUGAGUCGCGGCUCGGAGGAGAGUCCGCCCUGCGAGGUUCUCUCCGGCGACAUCAUUCAGUUUGGCGUCGAUGUCACUGAGAACACACGCAAAGUCACUCAUGGCUGCAUCGUGUCAACAAUCAAACUCUUCCUACCUGAUGGGAUGGAGGCACGCCGGCGAAGCGAUGUCAUUCAGGCUCCGUUACCACUACCUGUAGACAAGGUUGCAGCCAACACUCCCAGUAUGUAUUCUCAGGAACUGUUCCAGCUCUCCCAGUAUCUACAGGAGGCCUUACACAGAGAGCAGAUGUUGGAGCAGAAGCUCGCCACUCUGCAGCGUCUGUUGGCCAACACUCAGGAGGCCUCAGAGAGCAGCUGGCAGGCUCUGAUUGAUGAAGACCGUCUGCUCUCCAGACUGGAGGUGAUGGGCAGUCAGCUACAGGCGUACUCUAAGUCCCAGACGGAGGAGGGGAUCCGGAAGGAGCUCUUGGCUCUUCAGGAGGACAAACACAACUAUGAGACGACGGCGAAGGAGUCUCUGAGGAGAGUCCUUCAGGAGAAGAUCGAGGUAGUCAGGAAGCUGUCAGAGGUGGAGCGCUCGCUCAGUAACACAGAGGACGAGUGCACUCACCUGAAGGAGAUGUCUGAGAGGGGCCAGGAGGAGCUGAGGGAGCUCGCCAACAAGUACAACGCCGCAGUCAACGAGAUCAAAGAGCUCACCGACAAAAUUAAGGCGGCGGAGGGACGGCAGGAGGAGCUGACACAGCGGGGAGCGACAGAGAAGAGGGAGUUGGAGCUGCGGAUCGAGGAGAUGGAGGAGAAGGAGCAGGUUCUCCAGGCUCGCAUCGAAGCUCUGCAGGCCGACAACGACUUCACCAACGAGAGGCUCGCCGCCCUGCAGGUGCGGUUAGAACAGCUACAAGAGAAAAGCAUUAAAGAAAACAACAGCCUGGAUGUCGACAUUGUCUCCCACGGACCCGUAGAGGACAAACCUGUUGAAGACAAACAGAGCCUGCAGACACCUGAGAGCCAGGACGAAGACGAGGAUGAGGAGGAUACAGACACCGAUGAUGGUGCAUUUGGGGAAGAUGAAGAUUAUGAUGACAACUGUCAUGUUAACAACAGCGGAGGAGACUCGACUAGAAUCCAACAGUUGAUUGAGUGUCCGCCGGUCAAACAGUUGAAGGAGACUGUAAGUUCUUCAAUCCACAAACUGGCCAACUUUGAUGAAGUGAUGGAUGCCCACCUACAGAACAACCAGACAGCAGAAGACGACAUCCUGGCCAGCCCUGACAGACUCAAAGGGAAUCAGAUGGAUGCCAAAGAGUCCGACAUGUCAGACACUCUGAGUCCCAGCAAAGACCGCAGCAGUGACGACACGUCAGACGGCAACAUGGACGACCAGGAGCUGAACGAACCACAGAACAGAGUAGCUCUGCUCAAAGCGGAGUUGCAUCGGGCCGGUCUCGAGCCUGGAGACACGGAGCAGGUCAUCCAUCACCUCCACAGAGAGCUUCUGGACGCGCAGGAAUUAGCCAACACUGGCAAACAGAGAUGUCUGGAGCUACAAGCUCUGCUGGAGGAGGAGAGGAGGAGUAACUCUCAGCAGACUGAAGAGUCGACUAAACAGAUCCAGUACCUGCAGACUCAGCUUGGGAAGCUGCAGGCCGACAUGGAGGCACUGAGGGAGCAGAGGGAGAGCACCAUCUGCACCACCAGAGAGGAGCUCUACUCUGCCCAGGAGGAGAUUAUCGUCCUGCGGCACGCCAUGGAGGCAGCCACGGCGGAGCGGGAGCGUGAGAUCGCCACCCUGCAGGCCGACCUCGGCAGCGUGCGAUCUGAGCUGGAGCACUGGAGGGAAACGGCUGCCAAGUAUGAGGGGGAGAUCAGCCGGCUGCAGGAGGCCUUCACACAGCAGCAACAGCAGCAGAGCAACACCAGCCAGCUGCAGGCGGAGUGUGUUACGUUGCAGCAGCGGUGUGCGUGUUUGCAGCAGGACUGUGACGGCCUGAGAGGCGAACGGAAAAUUCUUACAGACAAACUGCACCGCCUGGAGAGUGAGCUGAGCAGGUACAGACACACUCUACACACUUUUUUUUGUAUUUUUGUUUUUGUAACAUGUCUUCUAAACUUACUAAACAAGAGGUCAAAUACUCCCAUCCCACCCUCAAGGGAGGAGGUUCUGCAGGACAAACUGGGUUCUCUGGAGAAUCAACACCUGCAGGAUGCAAGCAAGCUGAGGAACCAGCUGGACCAGGCCCAGGCCCACACACACACACUGCAGAAAGAGUAUGAAGACACACAGUCGCAGCUGUUGGACCUCCGUCAGCGCUAUGAGAGAACAGAGAAGGAGAAGCUGAACAUCCACCAGGAGCUGGAGCAGUGCAGGAGCAACCUGAAGCUGCUGCAGGACAAGACCAGCUCUAGCGGCUGGAGCCCCUGGAUGCCGGUCAUCGCAGUGAUGGUCGCCGUGACGGCAGCCGUCCUCUACCCGAACCUCUCCAAGAGCAGCUCCACUUAGGACACACACACACACACACACACACACACACACAGAGCGCUGUGAGGAGAGCAUCACUGCUUUACUUGUAUAAAGUCUAAUUGUACAUAAUUGUAGAGGGAAUAUAAAGGUUGUGGUUUCUACAGAGGAUUCAGAAGCUUCUCGGUUUAUUUUGUUUUUUUUGUCGUUUUUUCUGCGGCGAAGAGUUCUGUUGUCGUUUUUAUUCUCGGCUCUCUCUCAGCUGUGGUGGGGGCUCAUUUUGGUUUUCGUCUCUCUGCUGAUUUCUGGGUUAACGAAGCGUUCUCCAGCAGGCCGAGCUUCCAAAAAAAACACCUGCCACAGGUGACGUUCACACCCGUCCCUCCGCUAGCGAGCGUGAUGGAGGCGAACGCAACACUUUUCCAGCAGUCAGCAUGAUCCACAUUCUGCAGGUCUGCAUUUACUAAAGGAUCUGAACACCUUUUGAUAGAUUUCAUUGGCUAGUGGAGUCUGUUUGCAGGUGUAAGCUCCGUCAGAACUGGUUUGAACUGGGCGCACUGGGCUGCAGCGUUCAGGACUGGGAAUACUUCUCUGACAGGAAUGACUCAUUUUCAUAAUCUUUACCUUAAAAAGUCCCUUGAACCAUUUUCAUUUUCAGAGUUAACUUUAAAUUCUUUAAACCAGUUCAGUCCUUUCACCUGCUUCCUAAAAAUGUCUCUAACGUCUUCAGUAUGACUCAUCUGUGUUGCUUUUUUUAGAGUAACACACGUGUGUAUGAUUACUAUGAUUUUAGCUUCAGGUAUUUGGUGCCAGUGCACCCUAAAUCUUUAAAUUUGGCCAUUUUUAAGUCCAAAAACAUCAUUUCAGAGCAAAAAUUGAUUAAAAAAUAAAUAAAUAAAUAAAUUACCACUGAGUUGAGCAGAUUGUAGUUUCAUUAAAUGCUAAUUUGUUUGGUUAUAUGUGCCGCUAAAGGUCAGUAAAUAGUUAAAGCUCUAAUGUUUUUUUAAAUUAUGUUGAGCGUGGGCUCUUUUGUUGUGUUGUGUGUUCACACAGAACGUGAAGCAAAUUUUCAUGUUUUGUUACUCGCACAAAUACGGCCGCUGGGUUGUUUUUGGAGUAUUUAGCAACUGUCACGUUAGCCCUUAACAGCUGUGCUAACGGUUGUGCUAACAAACUGGGGAAGGCA